AUGCCGCCCACCACAUCAUCGACAUCCAGGUCUUCACCGCCGGUGGCCACGGCCGCACCGCGACCGGUUGGGGCACAGCAGAAGCCCUCCAAAGAGGUGCAGGAGCUCAUCGACAAGCGCACGGAGGAGCUGAAGCAGGAGACGGGGCAGCAUGAGAAAAAAUUCAUACAGGGCCGGUGGGUGACCGACACAGCCGCCCUGCGCAACCGCGGGACGCGCCGACGGGAGGAGCUGAACCGACAAGCCCCCAAGAGACUCGCCAAGGUGGACAUGUACUAUCAAAUGGAGGAGGAGAACACCGGGCUUUUGCUGGACGAUCACGAGGUGGCCGACCGCAUCUCGCAGCGCGACAUUACCAGUGGCGUGGAUCUGCAGACCCAGCAGAAGCGUUACAGCCUCGUGCUGGAUAAGCUGGGGCCCUACAAGGUUGACUUUUCGAUGAACGGCACGCACCUGCUGCUCGCGGGCCUGCGUGGCCACAUGGCCAAUAUUCGCUGGAAAUCCUUUCAGCUUGAGGGCGAGACACAACUGAAGGACCGCAUCAGCGACGCCAUCUUCCUGGUCGACCACAGCAUGACGGCAGUCGCGCAGAAGAAGUUUGUCUACAUGUACACGAAAGAGGGAGCGGAGAUGCACCUCCUCUCCAAGAUGGCGCACAUGGACCGUCUUGGGUACCUGCCAAAGCACAUGCUGCUCGCAGCCACUUCAUCCACCUAUAGCAUAAUGCAGUAUCUGGACAUUAGUACCGGACAGGAGGUGGGCACCAAAGUGCCCGCCGUCAUGCACGACCCGACGAGCUGUCUCGCCGUGAACCCCAGUAAUGGCGUCACCGCCACAUGCGAUCUGCGUGGCGUUGUGAAGUUUUGGUCACCAACGGUGGUGGACCCGCUGUUGCAGCUUAAGGGCCACAAGGGCGUCAUCGAGGAUAUCUGCUUCCACCCGAAUGGCCGCUUUUUCUUGACCCUCGGCGGCGACCACGCGAUGAAAGUAUGGGAUUGCCGCACGCUCCGCACGUUGGAGGAGUACGCCGUCACCUAUAGCUUUCACACACUCGACAUCUCCAGCAGCGGCCUCGUGGCGCUCGGCGGUGGCACAAACGUGCACAUCUGGAAGGAUAUGUUCACCGCCGCCAAGCCGAGCUCGCCCUACAUGAAGUUUGGCCUCGGCUACGGCAAUAUUGCCGAGCAGGUGCGGUUCUGCCCCUUUGAGGAUGUGAUUGGCAUCGGCCACUCGCGCGGCUUUACGUCGCUUCUGAUCCCGGGCUCUGGGGAGGCGAACCCCGACUUCUACUACGCCAACCCGCACGAGACGGAGCGGCACCGCAAGGAGCGGGUGGUGACGAACCUGCUCGACAAGCUUCCGCCCGACACCAUCUCGAUGGAUAUCCAGGUCCCCGGCGUCAAUGAAAAGAGACUGGCGGAGUACAACGAAAAUCUGCGCCUAAACCGCAAGGCGCGGGCGAUUCGCGAGAAGAAAAUGCGGCGCGCUAGCAAGUCGCUGGGAGAGGCGGCGCCGACCGGUCUCUUGGUGGGCCGGGACGAAGAAGUGGAUGAGGAACUCGGCUACAAGGAAGCACCCAAGACAAAGGAGAUCAAGUCGAAGCAGGAGCUGCAGCGGGAGCGCAAGAUGGCGAAAUGGGACAAGAAGGAUAGCGCUGAUAAGGUGCGCAGCAAACAGACGCUCCGCGCCUCCCGCAUUGUACAGCGUAACCGCGCGCAGAUGGAACGCGACGCACGCAACGGCGUGUACGACGAGAACGCGCUGGACGCUGAGGAGGCAGAAGCGCUCGCUGCGGCGUCUCGGGCCGCAAGGCAGCGCAAGAAACUCGCUCGUAAGGAGACACUCGAGAUGGCGAACGACAUUCGUGGACAGCUUCGACAGGACUUGGACUACGAUCUGGAGGCGCCUCCAGCGCAGCGUCGCCGUCUUCAGAAGUCAUACCACGGCAGCGACACAGACGGCCGCGGCGCUGAGGAGCGUGGCAGCAGUGGACCAGAGGCCGAUGCACGUACGAAUGCCGCGUUCAAGCGCUUCCUUCGGUGA